AUGUCAGGGGAACGGAAGUAUUACGAGAGUAACGCUGGUGAUGGGUCCAGGGCAACCGACCAACACCUCACCGGGGUUAAGCUCGCCUUAACAUUGAUAUCGUGUGUGGCAUCACUCUUUGUUUCAGCCUUGGACCAAACCAUUGUCACCACCAUUCUUACCACCGUUGGUGGGAAAUUCCAAGGGUUUGAAAAAAUCGGAUGGUUGACUUCAGGGUUUCUUCUCCCCAUGGCGUGUUUGGCGCCAUCUUAUGGGAAGAUCUCCAUUGCCUUUGGUAGAAAAUAUACGAUGAUUGCUGGGCUUGUCAUUUUCGAAAUUGGCUCCUUAAUCUCUGCUCUUUCCACCAACAUGGACAUGCUUAUUGGUGGCAGAGUGGUCCAAGGUAUUGGUGGUGGGGCCAUUCAGUCCAUGGUUAUGGUUAUUCUUUCUGAAUCCGUGCCCAUUUCGCGUCGUCCAUUGUCCAUGACCCUCAUUGGGAUCACCUUCUCAGUGGCAUCUGUAUUGGGUCCAUUUAUCGGUGGUGCCUUCACCACACAUGUGUCGUGGAGAUGGUGUUUCUACGUGAAUCUCCCCGUCGGUGGACUAGCUAUAGUGUUGCUCUCCUUUGGGUUCAAUCCACCAAAACCCGUGGGGAACUUGCGUGAAAAAUUGGCAAGAAUCGAUUACGUGGGGACUGCCUUGUUAGUGGCUGGAACGACGUUAAUUCUUCUUGGUCUUACUUUUGGUGGCAAUGACUUCCCUUGGAAAUCAGCUGCUGUCAUUCUCUGCUUUGUCUUGGGUGGAUUACUUGUAGUUGUGUUCACUGUCUGGAACUUCAAAUUCUCUUCCAAUCCAAUUCUUAUCAAGGAAGUGAUUACUGUGCCUCAAUUGUUAGCGGCUUUCAUCAGUGGGACGUUCAAUUUCGCCUUUUUCAUGGCCUUGAUCACCUUUUUAGCUGUGUAUUUCCAAUUGGUUUUCAAUGCAUCACUGUGGCAAUCCGGGAUUGAUCUUCUCCCCAUGGUUGUUUCCGUGUCACUUGCAUCUGUAUUCAACGGGGUGUUCAUGAAAGUAACCCGUUAUGUCAAGAUUACCCUUACCUUAUCCAAUUUCAUGGGUCCUCUUGGUUGUGGUCUUCUCUUAUUGUUGGACCGUCAUUCAGCUUCCCCAGCCCGUAUUGGUCUCUUGAUCCCCAUUGGAGUUUCCAUUGGACUUCAAUUCCAAUCCUCUCUCAUUUCUGCCCAAUUGAAAGCCCCAGCGAAAGUCCCUGGUUCAAUUAUCUUGGUGACAACUUUUAUGAAUUUUGGUAAAUCUUUAGGUGGAGCCAUUGGACUUGCACUUGCUCAACUUAUUUUCAAUUCCACUGGAGCUAAUUAUAUUUCCGAAGGAUUAUCGAAAGUAGAUGCCAAUUCUCCCACAUACCGUCAAUUGGCCAAUAUCCCGAUUCAUUCUGUUCUUUCCGCUCCACAAGUUAUUCAAACGCUUCCUAAGGAAGCGAAGGACUUGGUGCUUGAUCUGGUGAUGAAGGCAUUAUACAAUGUCUUUUAUUUUGCUCUUGCUUUGUCAGGGGUGGCCAUGAUUGCUGGUCUUUUCCUGACAAACAGAAGAAUCCCUAAAACUGAGGACAUUGGACAUCAUGAAGAGAAAGGAGACGUGGAAAGCAAAGGUGUGGAAACUAAUCAGAGAAUUAGUGUUGAUGGAACGUCUAAAGAAUGUGAUCUGUCUGAGAGAGAAAGUUCUAAAACAAAGUAA